GGUACACUAAAAGAGAAUAACUAAGCCCACAUCUGAGCUUAUUGGCUAUAUAAAAUCAGCCCAUUAAGAAUGCAUGAUUAAUUAAAAAAGUUUUGUGCAUUGCUUGAUUAAUUAUUUAAGACAACAACAAUAAUUUAAAGUUAUGGAUUCUAUUCUCUCCCAGCCGUCGGAUGAUACAAGACCAGUGAUGAUGAACCCGUUCGACAGUAGACACCAUACAAUAAUCCGAAACGACCAAGAUCUGGUUUCAGAUCAUUCUCUCCCGAGACUCUUUCUCAAAAGUCAACCUCUCUCAUUCUGCAAUCGUGCGAAUCUCUCUCUUAGGUCUUCAUCUAUCUCGCAGAUCGGACCUUUCUUUUGUUUACGUCGCCGGACAGAGAAUCUGAUAAAAGAAAGAUGUCUAAUUCUCAAGAAGAAGACAAGACGAACCCCGGCGACCAAGAACCUCAAAUCAUACUCAAAGUCAAGAGCCAGGAUGGAGAUGAAGUCUUCUUUAGUAUCAAGAAAAGCACUCAGGUAAAAAGGCUCAUGUACGCUUACUGCGACCGCCGAGGUUUGAAACUGGAUGCUUUCGCUUUCGUGUUUGAUGGGGCUCGAAUCCGUGGUCAGGAGACUCCAUUUGAGCUUAAGAUGGAAAGUGGAGAUGUUAUUGAUGCGUGCCGAACGUUGAGUGGUGGUCUACGAGCAAAUCAACGUCAGUGGUCUUAUAUGGUUUUCGAUCAUAAUCGUCUUUAGGGAUAAUUUGACAAGCUUCGAAAUAUUGUCGUUAUGGAAGACUCAAGAGUAGUAUAUCUUAUACUAAAAGCAAGUUUUGCUAAGUUGUAUAUGGUAUUGUCCGUAUUUGGCUUCAUAAGAAGAAGGCUAUAUGGAAGACUCAAGUGUAUACCUUUUUAUCUAGAACCUCAAUAAUGGCGUUAUCUUCUUAUUCUUCUUUUAUCAUGGUUGUUGUCUUUGGCGCUUCAUCAAUACGACAUCCAUUACUGGUGUUCAA